AUGAAGAACCUCACUAAAGCUUAUUACUGUUUUCCAGCACUGAACUCUUCAUGCACAAAGGAUACCAGGUCACCAAUUGGAUACUUCAUAAUGUAUAUAUUAUUUUUAUCUGUAUCUGUAUCUACGGUCUUCCUCAAUCUCUUGGUGAUCAUUUCCAUCUCUCACUUCAAGCCACUACUCACUCAGACGAACCUGUUCAUCCUCUCUCUGGCUGUAGCAGAUUUACUAGUUGGCCUGUUCGUUAUGCCUGUGGAGAGCAUCACAUUAAUAGAAACAUGUUGGUAUCUGGGGGACACUUUCUGUUACAUUUUUCCCUACAUUACAUUUGCAGUUGUUAUUGUGUCUAUGAACAACAUAGUUUUGAUAUCCAUUGAUAUUGUGGUUUGUGAUCCUCUGCGGUAUACUCUGAGCGUGACACACAGGAAAAGCGCCCUGUGUGUGUGUCUGAUCUGGUGUGCUUCUCUGGCGUGUGCCCUCCUGAUUUUACACGAUCACAUCCUUUAUCCCGAUCCACAUAGAACAUGCCAGUGUCUAUUUAUUAUUCACCUGCCAUGGAUUGUGUUUGAUCUUCUUGUCUCAUUUGCCAUCACCUGUUCCAUUGUGAUAGGACUAAAUGUGAAAAUAUUCUGCACAGCCAAACAUCAGGCACAGGUGAUCAGCUCUUUCAAAGCAAGAGUAAAGGCUGGUCAUGCAAACAGAAUGAUUGAGAAAUACAACAGUAAAGCUACAAAAACCAUAGGAAUACUUGUUUAUUUGCUCAGCUAUAUGCCGUAUUAUGCUAGCAUCCCUUUUCAAGGAAGCUUUACAUCUGCAUCGCUUGUAGCAAAUAUUCUUCUAUUCUAUAAAUCUAAUUAUGUGUAA